AUGAUGCCCCGUCCUCUACUAAAGAACACCUUCAACCUCACCUACCGCAAAAUCCCCAUCCUCGCCAUCGGCCGCGAAAUCUACUGCGACACCUCCCUCGUCGCCGAAGCCCUCGAGCACUUCUUCCCGGAAUCGGAAGGCUACCGGACGCUCUACCCCCUCGCCGCAGACGGGAGGAGUUACCGGCCGAUGAUCCGGGGGUUCGCGAGUUACUGGACUGAUCGGCCGCUUUUUCGAGUGGCGUGCGGGUUGAUGCCGGCGAGUAUUUGGGCGAGUGCUUUUGGGAGGGAUCGCGAGGGAUUGAUUGGGCAUAGUAUUGAUGCGGAGAAGUUGGGCAGGAAGAUUCCGGAGAAUCUUUCGAAGCUGGAUUUGCAGCUCAGCAUGCUGGAGCCGUUGUUUGCUAAUGAUAGUGGGGAUGAGGGGUUCGUCUUUUCCACUGAGAGUCCGAGUCUGGCGGAUAUCAGUCUUUUCUAUGAACUGAAGUGGGGCGAGGAGAUAGCGAAAGGCAAGUAUACAGAAGGUAUUACUCAAGGAGAGACGAAGGAUGGGGAGCUGGAGGGUGCGGCGCCGGUGCUGAAUGCGCAGAGGUACCCGGGGUUGUGGCGGUGGUAUAAGAUGAUGGAGGUGUACUUUGAGAAUCUCCCGAGCACGGAGGAGACCUGUAAGAAUUUCGAGGAGGUGGUGAAGAAGAUGAGGGAGUCACCGGCGCUAGGGACGAGGUCACUGUUGUUACCGACUCCCAGGUCUACGCAUGCGGAGCUGGACAAGAAGACUGGGUGUGUUGAAGGGGCGUUGGUGUCGAUUGCGCCUGAUGAUACUGGGCGGGAUGACCCAACACUAGGAACACUAAUAGCAAUGUCCCCCGAAGAAGUCGUCAUCAAGCCUCAAAAGCUCGAUCCCCCUGCGACCGUCGACGUCCGCAUCCACUUCCCACGACUCGGCUUCGUAGUGCGGCCAUCACCAGCAUCGAAACUAUGA